CGCUCGCUGUGCGCCCUCCGCACCCCCAUGCAUGUUUGGUGACCCAGGUGCCAGAGAAAGGCCGAGUGUAUUAGAGGCGGACAGUCGGUGGGUGGUGUGUCCACGUGUGCAAGCUCGGGGAGGGGGCACAGAAGACGUGACAAAGACGGACUUUGUGUCCGAGUGUGCGCCUCGCUCUAGCCCAGAGCAGCGAACUGUGCCCGGCGUGUGUCCCUCACGGAAGGGCCAGGACGAAGGUGACGAAGGCUCGGUGAGACGCACCAAGGGGGCCGCCGCGCGUGUUCGUGUGUGCGCGCGCUGGGACAUGCGGGGCGAGAGAGCCCGCCGGAGAGGUGUGCUGGGUUGCACCCCAAACAGCUUUCCGGAGGGAAAGCCGAAUCCUGAAAGUGAGUGCGCGUGAGUGCGCGUGAGUGCGCGCGCCCGCGUGCGGGGGCGUGGCAGUAGACAGCAACAACACUCAGGCCAGCUCCGCCAGUAACUCCGAGCUCCCUCCCCGGCCGGAAAGUGCGCCUCGCCGGAGCCUGGAGGGACCCAGCCGGCGCCUGGCCUGGGAGCCAGGAUGGCCAUCCCCAAAACCUUGCUGACGUGCCUGGGGCUGCCUCUCUUCCUGUCCGCAGGUGCCCAGGCCCAGAACCGCGUGCCACCUGGCUGCAGCCCAGACCUCAACCCCCUCUACUACAACCUGUGUGACCGUUCUGGGGUUUGGGGCAUCAUCUUGGAGGCGGUGGCCGGGGCGGGAGUCGUCACCACUUUUGUCCUCACCAUCAUCCUCGUGGCCAGCCUCCCCUUUGUGCAGGACACCAAGAAGCGGAGCCUCCUGGGGACCCAGGUGUUCUUCCUGCUGGGGACCCUGGGCCUCUUCUGCCUCGUCUUCGCCUGCGUGGUGAAGCCCGACUUCUCCACCUGUGCCUCGCGGCGGUUCCUCUUCGGAGUCCUGUUCUCCAUCUGCUUCUCCUGCCUGGUGGCACACGUCUUUGCCCUCAACUUUCUGGCCCGGAAGAACCACGGGCCGCGGGGCUGGGUGAUCUUCGCGGUGGCCCUGCUGCUGACGCUCGUGGAGGUGAUCAUCAACACCGAGUGGCUGAUCAUUACGCUGGUCCGGGGUGGCGGCGAGGGUGGCCCUCAGGGCAACGGCAGCGCGGCCUGGGCUGCAGCCUCCCCCUGUGCCAUUGCCAACAUGGACUUCGUCAUGGCGCUCAUCUAUGUCAUGCUGCUCCUGCUGUGUGCCUUCACCGGGGCCUGGCCAGCCCUGUGCGGCCGCUUUCGGCGCUGGCGGAAGCACGGUGUCUUUGUGCUGCUCACCACGGCCACGUCCAUGGCCAUAUGGGUGGUGUGGAUCGUCAUGUACACCUACGGCAACCGGCAGCGCAACAGCCCCACCUGGGAUGACCCCACGCUGGCCAUCGCCCUCGCCGCCAACGCCUGGGCCUUUGUCCUCUUCUACGUCAUCCCGGAGGUCUCCCAGGUGACCAAGGCCAGCCCGGAGCAGAGCUACCAGGGGGACAUGUACCCCACCCGCGGCGUGGGCUAUGAGACCAUCCUGAAAGAGCAGAAGGGCCAGAGCAUGUUUGUGGAGAACAAAGCGUUCUCCAUGGACGAGCCAGCCUCAGCUAAGAGACCGGUGUCACCAUACAGUGGGUACAACGGGCAGCUGCUGACCAGCGUGUACCAGCCCACCGAGAUGGCCCUGAUGCACAAAGGCCCGUCCGAAGGAUCUUAUGACGUCAUCCUCCCACGAGCCACCGCCAACAGCCAGGUGACGGGCAGUGCCAACUCCACCCUGAGGGCUGAGGACAUGUACGCCGCCCAGAGCCACCAGGCAGCCACCCCGCUGAGAGACGGCAAGAACUCCCAGGCUCAGUCCCCGCAAAAUAAAACGAGAUGGUAGAAGCCCUCUUCCCUGAA